UUAAAAAUGUUUGGAAGAGGCAAGGGCGGAAAGGGCUUGGGAAAGGGAGGUGCCAAGCGUCAUCGGAAAGUUCUCCGGAACAACAUCCAAGGCAUUACGAAGCUAGCGAUUCACCAUCUGGCUAGAAGAGGUGGUGUGAAAAGGAUCAGUAAGCUGAUUUACGAGGAAACUCAUGGAGUUCUCAAGAUCUUCCUCGAGAACGUCAUUUGCGAUGCCGUGACCUACAUCAAGCAUGCCAGGAGGAAGACGGUGACUACCAAGGACAUAGUUUAUGCUUUGAAGAGGCAAAGUAGGACUCUGUAUGGAUUUGGUGGUUGA